GGAACACAUUCAAAACAUCGAAGUGUAAAACUGUUUAUUUCUAUCGUAUUUCAUUGUGAAAGCUGAAUAUAAUGGCGUUGGAGACUGUCCCUAAAGACCUGCGCCACCUGCGAGCCUGUCUCCUUUGUUCGCUGGUGAAGACCAUUGACCAGUUUGAAUAUGACGGCUGUGACAACUGCGAGUCCUAUCUUCAGAUGAAGGGGAACCGGGAGAUGGUUUAUGAAUGCACGAGUUCCUCGUUUGAUGGUGUCAUAGCCAUGAUGAGUCCAGAGGACAGCUGGGUGGCUAAAUGGCAGAGGAUAGGCAACUUCAAGCCUGGUGUGUAUGCAGUGUCAGUGACCGGCAGAUUACCUCCAGGUGUGGUCAGAGAAUUAAAAAGCAGAGGAGUGAUUUACAAAUCCAGAGACACAGCAGUGAAGACAUAAACCCGAAUGCUUUCAGUUUACUUGUGUCAUUGGCCACAGUGGAGCAGUGUGUGAGCGACAGCACCAUCACCAGGCUGAAGUUAACAUCUGUGGGACUGUGUUUUUGUUUUUGUUGUUUUUAGAAAUAUUAGCAGGGAGUAAAGGGGAUGUUUAUUAUUUUGUUGAAUAAUGGCGGGAAAAUAAAAGUCUGUUUUUAUAAGAAAUACAA